CCUGCCUUGUGGAACAUCAUACCCCCUGAUAUUUGCUUGGCACUGACCCCGCUGGCAUUUCAUAAAUCCUUGAAGAACUGGUUGUUCCUUCAACUGUGAGGUCUGGAGUUUGGGUUGCACCUUCUCUGAAGGCAACCUGAAUGGAGAAUCAUCACCCAUGGCUCAUCAGGUAGAACUGGGUACUUCCUUCUUCAGAAUUGUUUCUGUACCUAUGGCAACAAGGAGAACAAUAACAUUUGUCUGCUGGCUGGACCUUCCAGUUCCACAAUGAGGAUGUAUCGCCAGGAAGACACUGAUGUUUAGCCAACACUGGUGGGAUUAGAACUGGAUGGUGUUGAUUUGAAAUAUUCUUACCAAGUACUUUCCAUGGAUCAAGACAUUGGCAUUGAGGCCCUGCUGGACUUCAGCUUCCUGACCGAGGAGGAGCAGAAUGCAAUUGUGGAAGUUUUGCAGAGAGACUUGCAGCUCCAGAUGUCCGAGGAGGGGCGGAUCAACCAACUGCGCAAGUCUAUCUCUGACCCAAACUGGCUGAAGCUCUUGUCCGGCGAAUGGUUUCGUGAUGUCCGUUCCAAACGGCACCAGCGCAAUCUCUUCGGGGCAGACAUUGUCCGAGCUUCGAUCCGGCGGAGAAAGAAGCCCAAAGCACAUGAACAGGAAUUCAAACAACAAAGCAGCCUGGAGAAUAUAGAUGUGAUCCAUGAACCUGUGCCAGAGGAUGAGAACACGAUGGAGGCUCUGGAUGUGCCAGAGGAUGAGAACACGAUGGAGGCUCUGGGUGUGCCAGAGGAUGAGAAGACAACAGAGGCUAUGGAUGUGCUGCUCCCUGAGACCAUCAUGCCUCAGUCACCCCAGCUAACAGAGACUCUGGAGGUCGAUUUGACGUCCAAGGAUGCAGUCUGUUCCCAAGAGUUGAUAGUUGAAAACAUUCUAGAGAGAAGCAGCUCAUUUAGCAGCCUGAGUUCUGAGACGGGGGAAGUGGAACAAGAAGAACAACCUGGAUCUGACCCAGCCCUCAAGGACGUGGUCCAGAAUAACAAAGGCUUGGAAAAUGGACAAAGGUCCACUUUGACUUCAUUACCAUCAAAGGAGAAUCCAGUGAGCCCCCAGUCUAAAGGGGUGAAUGCUAGUUCCUCUGCCUCCAGUUUGAGUUCAUCCACGAUGAGUGGGAGUAUGAUGAGCAUGUUCAGUGACAAUGACAUUGGGAGCAUAGAUGUCCGUGGUUGCAUCCAGUUCUCCCUGCGCUAUGACUCCUCCAGGAAGGAACUGCAUGUCCAGAUCGUUCAAUGCCGAGACCUUGCUGAAGCUAAAAAGCAGCGGUCAGACCCGUAUGUCAAAACCUACCUGCUUCCUGACAGAUCCAAUCACAGCAAGAGGAAAACUGCUGUCAAGAAGAGAAGUCUAGAUCCUAUUUUUAAUGAGUCCCUUAAGUAUAAGAUUGAGAAGGCUGAACUCCAGGGCCGGGUCCUGAACCUGUCUGUUUGGCAUCAUGAUACUUUGGGCCGAAACCUUUUCAUGGGAGAGGUGGAGAUUGCCUUGAAUGCCUGGGACUGGAGCGACACAAGUCCAAAGUGGUUCAACCUGCAGCCCAAGACUCCUGCUACACCAGAUACUGUCCCCGACCAUGGCAAACUCAACCUGGCACUGAAAUUCAUUCCAGCUGGAUCAGAAGAGCGUGGACUCCCUCCCACUGGAGAGCUCCAUAUGUGGGUCAAGAAUGCAGAGAACCUUGUGCCUCGGUGGGGGACCACGGUAGAUGCCUUCGUUCAAUGCUACAUCCUCCCUGAUGACACCAAGUUGAGCCGCCAGAAGACCCGAACUGUGAAAAAGACUCUCAACCCCACUUUCAAUCACACUAUGGUCUAUGAUGGCUUUGAGGUUAAGGACUUAGCAGAGGCAUGUGCUGAAUUCACUGUCUGGCACCGUGAAACCUUCUCGAAGCAGCGGCUUGGAGGCAUCCGAUUGAGUCUUGGCACAGGGAACAGCUAUGGUCUACCAGUCCCAUGGAUGGAUUCAUCAGAGGAAGAGCGCCACACUUGGGAGAUGGUGUUCAAGCACCCACGUGAGUGGGUGGAAGCUACUCUUCCCUUGAGGACCAAUCUGAACCCAAGGACUUCAUCCUAGCCUUUAGUUCAACAACAGUAGGAUGCCUCUGCUAUGAGGAAGAAUUAGUCUGGUGGCAAAUUGAUGACUGUACAUUAUGGAGGCCCUCAUUACAACCCCCUUGGUUUGCAGAGGUUAGUCUGCCUAAGAACAAGUUCCUGGUGCUGGGAGGAGCCAUGGCCACUGGGACUCCUCUUACCGACUUAAGGAGAACAUAGCAUGGCUUCUAGAGAGACCUCUUGUGAAAACUCUGCACUGGGAUGACUAGGUCACCCACUUCAUUUUAAGGAAAUAAACUGCCCUAUGGUUACCUUUGCCCACCUCCGGUCUUCUCCAUGUACACUGUCAUCGAUUUAUAGUUUCCUCUAUUUUUUUUAAAUAACCAUUUUUAUUAAACUUCUCUGCACCCCACCUUCAUUCCUUGUAGAUAUCCAGAGAAAGUUAAACAGUCCCUUUAAGUAAGUCCUCCAUACUUUCUAUAGGUCCCUUAAAGCACGGCUUGCAGUGUCUCUCACCACUGCACCACCAAUGCCUACAGCUGCAUCACUUGGUUUGUGCUAAAGACUGCAGGGUUGGAUGGGGGAAGAAGAAGAGCUGUCCAAACUUGCUGAAUUGAUUUUAGUAGCCAAGAUGGGGCUCCAGCAGGGAACUUCUAAUCCUGGAGCAGCCUCUCUUGUAAUAAUUGCAGGGUAUCACAACAUUCUUCAGUCUCUUUUUGUGACAUGCAGCAAGAAGAGAGAACGUUUUCCGCUUCCUCGUAGUCCAUAAUGCGUGCUGCUAAAUUUAGCAGAAGUCUUCCAUGGAAACUGCCUCUGUGAGGUUCUCCCCAAAUUUAUUUGCUGUGAAGAUGAUUUUUGGUCACUUUCCUGGACAAAGGAAAGAUGAAAAGCCAGUAUCUGACCUCAAUAUGAGGACUGAUAAGUUAGAAAUUCUUUCCAGUCUUCUUUCAACUGCUGGUGAGAAGAUGGGCCAAAUGGACCAGACCCUGUUGCCUUGCAAAGA